AACGCGAAGCAACUGAUGGAGACCUCUGGCAGCAGCGAAGUUAGCGAUGGUGACUACAUCUGCGGCGAGAUGAAGAAGAUCGGGUAUGUCGGAUUCCACGCAAUUGUUAACGCGGCGGAGCACGGGGCCAUCACUUCCCGCAUCAGGGUUUACUUUGUCUUCGCCUUGGCGAAAGAGGUCAAAGAGAGCGUGCAGAACAAAGCAAUUUCAUUCGCGGAAGAGUUGCUUGGUUGCUUGACCACAGAUGUCGGCCAUGUUGGUUCCACCCUCAAUUUAGCCAUGCCAACGGGUUCACCGCAUAGUGGGGGGGCAUCCGCGGCGGAUCCAGACGCCAAAAGGCGGAAGAAGGACCCUCAUUUCAAGGGCGACCACUACGAGAUGUACAUCGGCAGCGACAUGGAGCUGGAGGUGUUGUACUUCCUCAGCAAGAAGUUUCCCAUGAACGAUCGCGCAGUCCCAGAGUUCGUGGACGUUCUCAUGUCACUGCCUCGUCUGACUGGAUGGCCGUCGAAGCUUCGUAGCCCGUGGGUCGUCACCGUGCCCACCAUCAUCUCGAAAUCUACUAUUGCGAUGCGGUGGCAUCCAGAUGGCUACGAUGGCGGUCCACUUAUUCGCGCCCUUACGCCUGUGGAGCUCAUGGCAAUCACGGGUUGGAGCUCCAGCAUGUGGAAGAACAUAUCCGAUGGGGCCGAUCUCAAGAACGAUGGCGACCUCGUGACCUCCCUCGCUGGGAACGCCUUCAACGGCUAUGCGUUGAAGCCGAUCGUCGCGCCCGCGAUGGCUCUCAGCGACAUGCUGCAGAUGAGCCACGCCGAGCUCGAGAGCGAUGGCGAGAACGCCGACGCCGAGGGCGACGAUGGCGACGGCAAUGCUUCCACAAGUUCUUCUGAUUGA